CGUUGCUCGUGCAUUGGUUCGUGUGUUCCGACGUGGCGCUUUGGACGUGAGCAGUCGUUUCGUUAAAAGAUAUCAAUUCGUGUUGUUGUUAAUCUUUACAGUGUGUGACCUCCGAAGUCUACCUGAGACUGACACCACUCUCACAGUCGUUGUAAACUUUGGCCAUGGAUCACGCUGAUAUCGACUUGACAUUCAGCUGCCCGGUCUGCCUGGAACCGCGUCAGAGCAUGGUUUUCGGCCGAUGCCAGCACUUUGUGUGCGCGUCAUGCUUAUACGAACCCGUCAGCGGAUGUUUGAAGGCUGCUUUUCAUUGUUGUCCUUUGUGCCUAGCAGAGAAAGCAUUCCCAGACUCCUGCCCGGAGAUUCGAGAAACGACUAAACGGAUGAUGAAGCUUGUUGGCGUCGUGCAAUGCCCCCGGAAACGGUGCGGCGAAGAAAUGUGGAUUUGGGACCAGGAGGAACACGAAAAAUCCUGCCAGGGGGUGGUGACACGGUCAUCAUCACGGCGCUGUGGUUUACCCGAAAGUGCCAGCACUAGUCGGGGAGUCACCACCCGCCAGAGCAAGCAAAGGAGAUGCAAGCGCUCUGCCCCGGUCGACAACUGAACGGGGCGCCAUGCUUGCCCUACUUAAAAAAUUCUUCAUUGGUUCCUCUGCUAAGGCGUACCUGAGAUGAGUACAAGAAGGAAGCAAGAUCUUCUAUGCAUUUAAUAAAAGAAUACUCAGCCAUUAUUUUUUUUAUUUGUGUAUGUUAAAAACAUUCUUUUUAUGGCAAUGAGUGUUUUGCGCUAAACUAUGUUUAAAACUUUAUUUCGAGGCUAGUGUCCCUUGCAUUAGUAAAGUGCACUAUCAAUGUAAUGCACAUUGUGUGAAAUGUUGUUCGCGUCCGGAACAUUUGUGAUGUGUGGAAAAAUGUGCUAAAACUGUUUUGUGUAUUGCGGUUCUCCUUUUGUCAGUUUAAUUCCAUUUCAAAACAUUACGUUUAACGUAAUAACGUACUUGCAAAAUUUUUGGGGCUACAAGGAACAAUAUGCCAAGUGUUCGGGCUUUGAAGAGUCGUGGGGUACUAUAAAAGUGCAUUUUUUUUUAUUAAUGACAGUUGUUCAUGUUUCUCUUAAUUUUGUCCUAAAACUGGCAUCUUUCAUUUUUGUAUACUUGAUUUGUGCUUAAUGCACCCAACAUAUUCAGGUUUCGAUUGGUCAUGAUGAACGACUAAAGCACAGCUACGAAUGUUUCAUGUAUGACAAUUUGUGUCUUUUUCAUUUUACUGUAAAACACUGUUUUAAUUGAUAAGAGAAAAUUGUUUCACAUUAAAUGCACAGCAUGCAAUGUCCUGGUUUAUGAACGAAGAUAUACAGACCAAAAUUAUUUGAAUGUGAACGUUUUUUGAGUGAGAUUUUUUUGUACUCCAUUCUCUCUUCGAAUUCUCUUUAUAAUUUUGUUACACGUAAUAUUAAAGCCGCAACGAAAGUGUUUAUGCGUGAUAGUUCUUCAUGUGCAUUCAAUUCUCAUUGUCGAAGCUGCAAAUGUUAACACAAAUGGAUUGCAUCAGUGAUAAUCUUAUUGAAUCUCAUUUUGCAUAUUUUCAUCCUAAACACAUUUUUUAAUGUUGUGCAUUUUGUUACUUUCUGAACACUUAAUGAAAAAUAAUUGUUUUCAGUUUUCUGACCCUUUAUUAGCCCUUAAGACUUUAACAACCACAAUGUUAAAGGUAAAAGAAAAGUCGUGUGUUGGCUAUCUUUUCUGCAAGGCAGCUUUCCAAGUGGUUGCAUUCUGAAAUGGGCAUUUCUAGUAUUGUGUGUGCUAUGUUUUCCAUGCACUUUAGGCAAAAUAAUUGCCCAAUUUUCGUCCCUUGCUAAUGAAGGUGAAUACAACUACCAUACUCUUUCAAAAGAACAAAGGUUGUUUGUCAGUGAUUGUUAUAUGCAUAAGAGUUUAGUUUAUUUUAACAAAUCAACCAAUGGCUGUGAUGAGCUAUUUUUGAGCUGGUAGCGUGAUUUGUAGAGAGAAGAGAAAGCAAUUCUUAGCGGACUUUGAGCACUUAUUGUGAAUUCCAGGCCGCAUGCUGUGCAAUAAUGUUUGGCUCGAGUGUUCUCGGGAGCUUCCGCUACUGACCGGCAGCAUUUUCUGACCAUGCUCAAAAAGUGUUGCAGGGGUCUUUUAAUGAGUGCCAUAUGUAAAAUGUUUAGACCUCGAUUUUUUUUUUUGUGCACAUUUAGUUUUCGCUUAAAAGAAUUGUCUUCCUUUUUUUUUUACCCUUGAAGAGCCCCUGAACCACCCAGAAGUUUAAAUUCAGUUCUGGUGGGGAAGUUGUGCACAAGUGUACAAAAACCAAAGAGCCACGAGAUUUUUUUCAAAAUGGUGCUGUAAUAGCAUUUGAUUAUCGAUGUGCGGCAAUCACUACUUUUGCUCUUUCCUUUGCUACCCUUCAUUUGUAUCCUCUCACAAAGGUGCCUUGCCUGAGCGACCCUCCCAAUACGUGCUGCUCGAAACGCUACUACUGGUUGCUACAUUCUAAUGCCUACAGUCUAUUUUAAAGGUUGCUGCGUAACGAAUACUUGUUACACGUCCAACUGAUACGAGAUCACAUGUGACUAGAUACACGUAGGACAUAGUGCUGCAGCCGGAGGGUUUUCUGGCUUUGUUCGUUGUCCUUCUCACGCUAUCGACAAGUCUCUAGUUUGAUUUGUGCGUCACAUACAUCCCAAGUUAUACAACUAAUAUUGAUUGUAUCAUUCAAUCCAUGUAGGAAAAAUGGUGUCUUUCUGGCACGGUACUCUAGUCCCGAAUGUACGAUAGAAGGGUGCUCUACCUCCCUUCUGGCCGAUGCCUGUAAAAACUCUUGUCAUGAUGUACUGUUCUCAUGGUACGCAACAUCCAAACUUGUAUAACAAGUAAUUUGUGAUAUUAUACGAGACAACCACAUCAUAUUGCUACGAAUCUGGCCCCCAAACAAGUUCUUGGCACAGAUGUAAGUGUACAAGCCAGUAUUACGUGCAUGUGCCACAAACUAAAGCCCAUUAAAAAUGAAGUAUGCGCAUUUCGUCAUGUGAGCACCGUACAACCUCACUUUGUGGAUGAUCCAUUUUGUUGCCAAGUUCCUGCAAGUGUUAUGUAUGACUGUAUCGUUGUGUUGUGAUUUUAUAAAUAAAUGGCUAUUUUCCAGCA